AUGAUGCACUGCUGUUGCUGCUGCUGUCUCCGCUGCCAGCGACUGCCCGCUGCUGUGGCGCUGUUGCUGCUGCUGCUGUUACCACCACUCGUCCCUGUGUCUCUCCUGGAGGCAGCCGCCAUGGGCCCAGGCCACUGUGACAACAUAUAUCAGGGCUUCGCUGAGUGUCUCAUCCGCUUGGGGGACGGCAUGGGCCAUGGAGGUGAGCUGGAGACUAUCUGCAGAUCUUGGAACGACUUCCACACCUGCGCCUCUCGAGUCUUGUCAGGCUGCCCAAAGGAGGCGGCUGCUGCAUGGGAAUCACUACAGCAAGAAGCUCGCCAGGCCCAGCACCCGGAUAACUUGCACACACUGUGUGGCGCCCCUGUGCACGUCCGGGAGCGUGGCACAGGCCCUGAGGUCAACCAGGAGACACUGCGGGCAGCAGCACCUGCCCCGACCCCAGCUCCUGCUCCCCUGCUGCUGGGGGUUGCCCUGGCAUUUGUUUGGCUCCUGGGGCCCCUGGCCUAG